AAUAUAGUUUUAUAAAAUCAUUUAAAAAAUAUGAGUGAAAAUAAAAAUCGUAUCAAUUUGAAUGAAGUGAGUGACAAGUUUAAUGAAAAGGUACUGACAGACAUUCUCUGUAAAGUUUAUAAUGGAAAAAAUGUACAACUGACAGAUUGGGAUUUUGGUGAAGGAUUUGCCAAAGGUGACAGCUAUUUGUCUACAGUCAAUAAAGGCAAAUUAUAUGGUAUUAUAAAUGAGGAUCCUCAGCAACAUGUGCAAGUUAAUUUUGUCGUAAAAUCCAUUCCAAAGAACAUUGGUAGAAGAAAGACUUUUAGAAGUGCAGAUUUUUUCCGCAAUGAAAUCUCAUUUUAUACACAGAUUGUCCCAAAAUUUGAAAAAUUCCUAGCAGAUAAAGGACAAAGCAAUCUAUUGUGCAUUCCACGUCACUUGGUUUCUUACACAGAUGGAGAAAAUGAUUUUAUUGUUUUGGAGGAUGUCUCUCCCCUAGGUUUUGGACCUGCAUCCAGACAAAACUGCAUGGAUUGGGAGGAAUGUACAGUGAUUUUAAAAACGUUAGCGAAAUUUCAUGCAAUAUCGUUUGCAUAUAGAGACCAAAAUAAGGAAGAAUUUAUAAAACUUGCAAGUAAUUUAACUGAAACCUAUUUUGGUAAUCAUAACUGGAAUUGGUACAAAAGAUUUCAUAAAAGGUUAGUGGAUAUAGCUAAACAUGCGUUAACUACAGAAUAUCCAAACAGCAAAGCUGAAAAGCAAUUCAAUUCCUAUGAAUUUGGUGAACUGUAUCAUAAAUGCUCACAAUUCUGCGAGAAAAAGGACGCUCCUACGUCUAUUAUAACUGAGGGUGACUGUUGGCCACCAAAUUUUCUUGUUAGAGACAUCGGACAAAAAAAAGAAGCAUUAAUGCUUGAUUUUCAACUUACGCGUUGUGUUAGUCCUAUCUUGGAUUUAUCGUUCUUAGUUUAUUCGUGCACUCUAAAGUCAUUUCGAGAUCAGUAUUUCGAUGAUAUAUUGAAAGUUUAUCAUUCCGAAUUGAGCAAUGCUAUUAAAUCCCUUGGAUCUGAUCCAGAAAAAGUUUAUCCAUGGGAUUUAUUUAUGAAAGAGGUGAAGGAUUACUUUAUGUUUGGAACAGUUUUUGCUCUUGAAUCAGUUUCAUUUUGUCUACUGGAUCCAUCUGAAUCAUUUGAUUUAGAUGCCAUUAUUAAGAAUGAUGAAAUAGUUGAUAUUGCUGAUGUAUGGACUGUGUCUAAUAUUAAAACAUCAAGUGGAAGACAAAGGUUGGCAGAUGUGAUAGUUCAUGCUGUAGAAAAAGGAUAUAUAUGAUAUAUUUUAAAUUUUAUUUAAAAUUACAGAGAUAAAUAGAGA